AUGGGACAAAAUCAAACAAAUGAAUUUAGCCAUGACAAGUCACCCACAUUUAAUAUCACCAGGGACUAUAUGUCGGCCUCAUCGGAGGAGUUAGGAAUUAAUGCAGCCACUAAAAUUAAAAAUUAUGGGAGCAAUAAUAAUGGCUCAUCCUCCUCCCACUAUCAAUAUAUUUAUGCUGGAAAUGUAAGAGAAUUGAGAGAGUAUGUUCCUUCUCGCUCCCCCAAAUUAGGAAGCUCUCCUAUCAUGGCAAAGAGUUCUCCAACAUUGCAAGAAACAAGCUCAGAAAUUUGGAAACGGAGUCAUUUGUGUAAAUUAUGUGAGCACAUGUCACCUAUUGUGUUUUGCAUUGAGCAUUGGAUAAAUGCAGAAAUAGAUACAUUAACAGGACUGUGCAUUCGUUAUAAUAUUGACGACAAGUCAGAGUUAACCUCUCUUAAUGAUUUAAGUAUUGAUGUCGAAAACUUAGACCAUGUUUCGAGUGUGUUCAUACCCAUUCAUGAAAAUAAUGUUCAGUCAAUCCAAUCACUUUCUCCGAAAAUGGGAAAGAAAAGAAACAAAAAGAAAACACAUUCUACAGAGGAUGAAGAUCCAAAUUCAUCUCCUUCUUCACCACACCCCAAUAGUAGCUCGAGCGCAGAACCAAAAGCCAAAUCAAUUGAGCUGUCCAUUUCCAUUUUUGAAGAUAAGCAUCUCUCGCUUACUGUCACGCAUAUGCUCUUGAAGGACUUUUUCUUUCAUUCCAAUAACAUGAAACUCAAUAUGAAUGGAAAUUUGUCAUGCUCUGAAAGAGCUGAAAUUCAUAGUUGUAUUGACUUUAAAGCAAUUGACUACAAACAUAUUUCGGUAAUUUCAAGAGUGACAUCAGUGAAAGCUCUUGCUGCUCUUGCAUCUGGUCACAAUAUUUGCAUUUCGAAGGAAGUUUUCAACUUGGUUUGUGGGAAGAGCGACUCUACACGGUUGGAAAAUUUAUUCUUGAUUCAAUUCAAAGAUCCUAAGGAAAUUGGAGAUGUCACCUCUCACAAUCCUGAACGCAUUGGAGUGAUGAAUAGUGCCAAACUUGAAAAUAACAUGCUCAAGCAUCUCUUGUCUCGACAAAUGGCUAUUUUGAUUGUUAUAAGUCCAGACAUCAAAGAAGAUUUUAUAGAAAUCAUCAGAGAAUAUGUAGAUAUUAAGGAAUAA